GGAAGUUGCCACUCUCAUGGUCCGUUAGCGUCGGCGAUAGCCCGGCGGGCCUGUUGAGGCUGAAGAAUUGACGCAGCGAAGCAAUGGCGGAAGGAGGAUUUACGGCAACAGUGGUGGUGGGUAGCGGAGGUGAAGAAGGUGAAUCCGUGAAAAAGUUAGUCCUGAAGCCCAAUCGGAAGAACAAGGUGAUCCGUGUGGGACGUAACCCCCGGAGCGACGUGCUAUUCGGGAACCCGAACGUUUCAUGGAAUCACAUGACCGUGACGCUGAACCGGGGCAGCGUCAGCCAAGGCAUCGCGCCCAGCGUCACGGUGAAGGAUCUCAGCUCCAACGGCUCAGCGGCCAAGGUGAAAGGCAGCAAAGGCUGGGCAAGAUUAGGGAAGGAGAUUGAGACCAAAGUGGAGAGCGGCGCUGUUUUUGCGCUGCCCUGCAGGAUAAAGCCCAAGGUUGGGGAGGCGCCGGACAAGCUGCGGUCCACCUUUGCGCUCUACUUCUUCGAGGAGGAGCCAAAAGGUGGCUGGAAAGCUCCCAGCCUGUCCUCCGAGGAGGCGACCGAGCUGGCCGCCCUGCCUUUACUGGAGGUGGACACUGGGGAGCCUACUCCUUUCGUGAAGCCCUCCGACAAAGAGGCCGAGGAGCCAAAAGUAGAGGCCAAAGCUCCAAAGAAGGACGCGAAGAAAGAGGAGAAGAAGAGCGAGAAGGAGAAGGAGAAGGAGAAGGAGUCCUUCGUAGACGAGCACUGGGGGGUAUGCGCAUCCCCUGUUUGCCAGCCUUCCGCAAAGUUUCCCAUAUGCAAGUUCCACCUUAAGGCUCCAAGUCCUCAGGAGCCUUCCAAGAAGGAGACUCCGAAAAAGGAAAAAGCGAAGGACACCUCAAAAGAGAAGGAAGCGAAGGAGCCGAAGGAUAAGAAGGAGAAGAAAGAAAAGAAGGAGUCGAAGAAGGAGGCUCCCAAAGCUGCCAAAGAAGCAUCGCCUAAGGAAGCUUCGCCUGAGGCUGAGGAGAUGGAGGUUGAGCCAGAUCCGGACGAGGAGAUGGAGGUGGAGGCUGAGAGCGAAAGCGAGAAGCAAGCCGCCGCCGAUUCGGAUGCAGAGGAAGCAGAAGAAGGAGAGGAAGCAGAAGAGAAGGCCAAGAUAGCAUCCGAAGCAGAAGAAGAAGCAGACGAAGUGGAGGACGCAGAAGAGAAGGCCAAAAUAGCUUCUGAUGGAGAAGAAGAAGCAGAAGAAGGGGAGGACGCAGAAGAGAAGGCCAAGAUAGUUUCCGAUGCAGAGGAAGAAGCGGAGGAAGGGGAGGAAGCAGAAGAGAAGGCCAAGAUAGCUUCCGACGCAGAAGAAGCGGAAGAAGGGGACGAAGCAGAAGAGAAGGCCAAGAUAGCUUCCGACGCAGAAGAAGUGGAAGAAGUGGAAGAAGGGGACGAAGCAGAAGAGAAGGCCAAGAUAGCUUCCGACAGCGAGGAGGCCAACGAGGUCAAGGACUCCGACAGCGAGAAGGACAGUGACGACGAGGCGGCGGCGGAAAAGGAGGACUCUGACGAGGAGAAGGAAGCGGAGCCGGCAGCCACUGAAAAGGGCGACUCCGAUGACAGCGAGAAGGAGGUUGCCACCCAAAAGGGCGACUCCGACUCGGAGAAGGGCUCGGAGAAGGGGUCGGAGAAGGCGUCGGAGAAGGCGUCAGAGAAGGCGUCCGAGAAGGCAGCCGAGAAGGACUCGUCCGACGAGGAGAAGAAGGCAGACUCCGACGAGAACGAGUCUGCCGCCAAGUCGGACAGUGACAGCGACAAGCCGAAGAAAAAGCGGCGCACGAAGAGCUCUUCGUCAAAGCGAAAGACUCGAAGAAGAAAGGACAGGAAGAGAAGUAGCCAAGGUCGCAAGAGGAGCGGAAGCAAGCGCCGGCGCAGUCGCUCGCGCCGGCGGAGCCGCCGCCGCAGCCGACGGCACCGCUCCCGGCGCCGCUCAGAGGGCAGGCGACGCGACAAGAAGGAAAAAGAAAAGGAGAAGGAGAAGGAGAAAGAGAAGGAGAAGGAGAAGGAGCGGCGCCGGCGCAAGUCCAGCAGCUCCGAGCAGGUAGCAGCCCGCGCGUCUCCGAGCUACGAGGCCCAGAAGGUGAAGCGGUCACCAUCUCCCUCAAAAGCCGAAGAGGAAGCGAAGCAAAAGAAGCUUGCAGAAGAGAAAGCAGCCGCAGAAGCGGCCGAAAAGGCCAAGCGAGAGGCGAAGGCAGCCAAGGAGGCGAAGGCGAAGGAGAAAGCAGCGAAGGAGGCCAAGGAGAAAGAGGCGAAAGAGGCCAAAGCCAAGGAAACCCAAGAGGCAGCUGCGAAGGAGGCCAAGAAAGAAGCAGAGAAGGAGGCCAAGAAAGAAGCAGAGAAGGAAGCCCAGGAGGCCAAGGAAGCGCAAGAGGCUAAGGAGGCUCAGGAUGCUAAGGAUGCCAAGGAUGCCAAGGAUGCCAAGGAUGCCAGGGAGACCAAGAAGGAAGCAGAAGAGCGAGAGGGCGAAGCCAAGGGCGACUUCAAGUUUGCGCUGGGAAAACGGGAAAGCAAUGCUUUGAAGCUGCAGCAGCGGCAAAAGGAGCAGGAGCAAGCGAAGAAGCUGCAGGACGAACAGCUGCGGAAGGAGCAGCAAGAGGCGGUGGAAAAGCGACAGAAGCAGAUGGAGGCAGACAUGCAGAAGGCCAUGCACGCGCACGAGCAAAACAAAAAGAUCAUGGGGCCGUUCGUCACCGAGCCAGUGAUUCAGCCCGUGAAGAAGCCAUCAGAUGCCACCUCCGCUGCCCAGCAAGCCGCAGCUGCCACCAAUGCUAGCAGGGCCAAGGCACAGGAGGUGCGGCAGAAGAGCCCAAGCCCAACCCCCAGCCCAAAGACAGAGGAGGUAACCCAGGAGGCGGCCAAGGCAGAUCCUGCUGCCGCAGCUGCUGCAGCGGCUCUGUCGGCUUAUGGCUUUGGAGUGGACAUGAGCGCCUUGUACGCCAGCUACGGCUUGGCUAUGCCGGGACUGGGCAUGGUGCCGGGGUAUUCUUUCCCCAUGGGCCUGGACAUGACGAGCGUCAUGCUCGGGGCGGGGGGCGCUGGUGCGGCGGGUGCGGGCGCCGCGGGUGUAGCGGGCGCAGCAAAUGCGGCCGCAGCCUCGCAGCCGACGCCAGCUGGCCAGGCUCACACCGUGGCCAAGGCUGCUAUAGAGGCCCCCACGUCCUCCAAGGCAGCAGCUGCAGCGAAGGAGACCUUGCUGGGGGCUGCGAUGCCCAAGUCCAGCAUGGCUAGGCGGAUGACCCCCAUGGGCGCACCCGGCCCCACCGGCCCCACCGGCCCUUCAAGCCCGGCUGCACCGCAUCCAGCCCAAAGCCAACCUGCAGCCACACCACGACCACCAGCCCCCCAGCCACCCAGCGCCCCAGCCACCCAAGGCGCCCCCGGCGCCCCACCCGGCGCCUCACCCGGCGCCGCCCCUGGCCCAAAACCUGCUCAGCCGGGCCCUCAACAUCUACCACCGCCCCCAGCACCACCUGCGCCGCCAAGUGGCCAGAGCUCUCAGGGCUCUGGCUGGCAAUCAUAUCCCAAGAAGGAGUCCCCAAAGGCCAACCAGCCGGCUUUCCCGCAGCUCUCGCAGCAGCAUCCGGAGGCGGAGCGCAACGCGCGGCAGCGGGAGGAGGCGAAGCGCUGGGGCUUCCAAGCGCAGGCCGCGCAAGGCAAAGGCGGCGAAGAAAACCGCGAGGACGCUCCUUGGAGGAGGGCUGUGCGAGCACGGUUGGAGAAGUCAGGAGGUGAAGCAGAGGAGGCGCCUCUGACAGCCUCCAAGGCGGCAGGCGUACGGGCACCUCCACCGCCACAGGCGCCCCCGGCGCCGGUGAAUGGAGGCCCAAGGACCAACUUCUUUGCCCAAGGACCUCCAAAGGCAAAACAGGGCAUGCUCUUUGGCAACCUGCUAUCACAGAGGUGA